AUAAUUCAUGCUGUUAUUUUAGCAGAAUUGUGACAGUUUAUUCAUAAUGUCAAACUGCAAACAAACCUACAUUUUAGUUUUUUUAUGUGCAUUUUAAGUGCACGGCACGGUCAGCAAAGAGCAAGUGCAAUGUCUAUAAUAACACACUCAUAUGGCAUUGAACUACGUACGAUUGUAAUUGUUAUAAUAAAGUGUUUUCUAAACAACACGUUUAUGAAAAACAACAGUUAGCCUAUACAGCAGAUGAUUGUUGUUUAGUUAAUUUGUGCAAAAAAAGGAUACAACACAUAUCAACAUUUUAAGACAUGUUAGAAUUAUUUAAUAACUUACUAAUAUAAAGAAAACGUCACAUACAGUAUAUGUAGGUUUUUAGAACAGGUUGUAUGCACUGAAGUGUAUAUGCAUGCAUAGUGAAUAUGUGUAAGUAUCAAGUGCGCAUAAUAUUAUUGCAAUAAUAAAAUUCAGCUUAUUCCAGCACGAGUCCUCUAGGAUGCGCCCUACCUCUUUGGGAAAGGGGAAAGAAGUGCAGGUCUGUCCAUUAGGUUUAUUGUUGCCAGCUCAGCCAAUCGUUGAAUCCGACGACACAAUAGAGUGGCCAAAGUUGCGGUAUAAAAGGCCUAGCCGAAUUUAAGCAUGACAUCUACUUGACUGGUGCGUGGUGAGGCACAUUUCCACAGCAAAUCAAACAUCGCAAACAUCCUUUACCACGCCUUGGAACAUGCAUUUUACGCAGGUUUUAAUUUCUCUAAGCGUAUUAAUUGCAUGCGGUCCAGUAGGUCAGGGAGACAUAACGGCGCACCAGCAGCCCUCCACCGCCACGGAGGAAAGCGAGCAAUGUUCCACGUGUGAGUUCAGGCAACACAGCAAGCUGAUGAGACUGCAUGCCAUCAAGUCACAAAUCCUGAGCAAACUUCGACUCAAGCAGGCUCCAAACAUCAGCCGGGACGUGGUCAAACAGCUGUUACCCAAAGCGCCGCCUUUGCAACAACUUCUGGAUCAGUACGGUGUGCUGGGGGAUGACAGUAAGGAUGGAGCUAUGGAAGAGGAUGACGAACAAGCCACUACAGAGACCGUCAUGACCAUGGCUGCAGAGCCUGACCCCAUCGUUCAAGUAGAUCACAAGCCCAAGUGCUGUUUCUUCUCCUUUAACCCGAAGAUCCAGGCGAGCCGGAUCCUGCGGGCGCAGCUCUGGGUUCAUUUGAGACCGGCGGAGGAGGCGACCACCGUUUUCUUACAGAUAUCACGGCUGAUGCCCGUGACGGACGGAGGCAGACACAUACGAAUACGAUCUCUGAAGAUCGACGUGAACGCGGGGAUCACGUCUUGGCAGAGCAUAGACGUGAAGCAGGUGCUCACGGUGUGGUUAAGACAACCGGAGACCAACUGGGGAAUAGAGAUAAACGCGUACGACGCGAAAGGAAACGACUUGGCCGUCACCUCCGCGGAGGCUGGAGAAGAUGGACUGCUCCCCUUUAUGGAGGUCAAAAUAUCAGAGGGCCCCAAGCGAAUCCGUCGGGACUCCGGACUGGACUGCGACGAGAAUUCAUCCGAGUCUCGAUGCUGCAGGUACCCCCUCACGGUGGACUUUGAGGACUUUGGCUGGGACUGGAUUAUUGCUCCGAAACGUUACAAGGCGAAUUACUGUUCGGGAGAAUGCGACUACAUGCACCUGCAGAAGUAUCCACACACCCACUUGGUGAACAAGGCCAACCCACGAGGCACCGCCGGACCCUGCUGUACCCCCACCAAGAUGUCUCCCAUCAACAUGCUUUACUUCAACGGCAAGGAGCAGAUUAUCUAUGGCAAGAUCCCCUCUAUGGUAGUAGACCGGUGCGGCUGCUCGUGAACCAAUGUCUGGACGGGACUCGAUCCGCCUCAAAGACCUGGACAUCCAACAACACCACCCGCCAUCCAAUAUCAGUGCUUUCCGCAAGACACUGUGCAAUAGAAGGACGCUCCCUCACUCUCUGGGCACUGCUUCAUUUUCAUCAUUUUCGUCUAAAUCAGUAUCUCUGCCACAGGAGUCAAACGGAUGUUUUAAAGGAAAGCCGUACAGGCUAGACUUGGGAAUGGACACUAUUGCAAUCUCCGAACAACCUCUGCUUUAUUUCAUGUUACUGUUUUCUCCUAUUAAAAUCCUCUCUUUAGUGCAUAAAGGAUACACGAAACGCGUUCAUUUUAGAUCUUUGCUGUUACAGCUGUGUUACACAACCGGUGAGCUUGUUUAAGAGACGAGUAUCCAAGUGAAACAGAAGGGGAACUCAAGGACACUGAGCAGAGUUUGAAAAAAUGUCUGGUAAUGCGAAGCAAACUUCCACGUCCGUCGCGAUAAACGCAAAACACGAUCUAAUUGUCAAUUUUAGCUUUUCGAGCAGCCCUACACACUUGAAGUAUUAUUGAAAUCGACAUCGGUGGACAUAAGGACUUGAAGCAGAGGCACUUUGAAUGCAGUCUACUCACGUGAGAUGUGUUAAAGACAGAGAAAUCGGAACUAUGAGGAUGAAUGUUAACAUCACGCAAACACUCUGUCUUCAAACCACACAGUUUGCACUAUGGCAGACCAAUAGAAAGAAUUGGUCGCUAAAAAUGUUGUAAAAACUGAUUUUGAUAUGUUUGCUAAUUGUAUUGUAUACUUGCCAUCGUUUCCAUUAACAGUUGCCUUUUUUAACCACGGUUAGUACAUGUAUAAUAACACAAAAUAUAGCAAAAAAAAGUGUACGAUAUAAAUCUAUGUAUCUGUUAAAACAAAUAAAGGUGCUUGCUAUAUA